AUGCCUCUAACCAGUUACAUCACCACAAAACUGACCGAGCGUCCUCUUCGGGCUCUUGAGAAAAAGUUCGCGCGUGAGGGCAAAUGGCGGCAAGCCCAACAACUCCGCCGCAAACAGUUCGAACUGCAGCUCAAACUGCAGCUCAAACAGGACUUUCCCGAUCGCAGACAGUUGUCGUGCGUGCAGGAACUUAUCAAAGCGGACAAGCAGAUUCUAUUUCAAGUCAUGGCCCAUGCCGCUUCCCAAGCGAGCCGAUCCUGCAAGAACGGAGGCCUUCCGGCGGCAGACAAGAAGAAUCCAUCCCAAGCCACACCCUCCUCCUCCACUGGGAAAGCCAAGAAAGCGCGAUUUGAAGUUCGGGGCAAUGCCAUUUCGUCGAAACGCAACGAGACAGACGAGACCGAAUUGUACUCGGACGGCAGCCGAGAAGCGAUCUGGAUUGCGGAGCAAAACCGACACAAGAUUCUCUCAAAGCUGCAGGAUGGGCCACUGAAACGAGCUUACCUAUCCAAUCAUAAGAACCCAGGCUGGCAUCUUUCCGAGUGGCAGCGGAGCGAAUGUGUUGUGGCGGGAGGAUGCUGCGCGCGGGAUUGCGGCUGCUGUGCGAGACCCAGAUGCUCCGAUCUUGCAACACCGCAUUACGGUCAUUGCCUCUCAUCCUGCAUCUGCUGUGCCAAGAUACGAGGCUUCGAGAUACUAUUCGAUACCUUGGCCGACGACAAGAUGCUGCCAGAGUUUGACGUGGGCCGUUGGAAUGGGGAUAAACGUGUUUUCGGGGGGCGUCUGCCGCCGCAUAUACGCGUUAACGAAGAACAAAGCCUCCUUGAAUGCGAUGACACCGUGCCCCCGCUGUUCUAUGAUAUUGAGCCCACUCUCGCUGGUGCGGCGGCCCGGUCUUCGCCGAGCCAGGGGCAUACUUCAUUUGCGAGCGAGUGUCCUGAGGCGAGCUGGCAGGCUGAGGCAUUCCGUGAUCGGGUUGCGUAUAUUCAUAAUUGGAGGGAUUGCGCGGUGCCGUAUGAGGCGCAAGUUGCGAUGGUGCAGGGGACUGGGGUGAAGUGGGUUUUCAGGGAGAUUGAGACGGGGCAUAGUGCGCAGAUGUCUGCGCCGGAGGAGUUGGCGAGGGUUAUUUUAGAGGUUGUGUCGCUUUGA